UGGUCUGCCUUUGAAAAAAAUGGCGGACGAAGUAGAUCAGCAACAAACCACCAACACUGUAGAAGAACCUUUGGAUCUCAUCAGGCUUAGUCUUGAUGAACGGAUUUAUGUAAAAAUGAGGAAUGACCGAGAACUUCGAGGCAGGUUACAUGCAUAUGACCAGCAUUUAAAUAUGAUUUUGGGUGAUGUUGAAGAGACUGUGACCACAAUAGAAAUUGAUGAAGAAACUUACGAAGAAAUUUAUAAGUCUACCAAGAGGAAUAUUCCAAUGCUGUUUGUCAGAGGAGAUGGAGUUGUAUUGGUUGCUCCUCCACUGCGUGUUGGCUGACACUGCAGGUUGCUCCUUCACUGGGUUAUUGGACUUCCAAGACAUUAACUCUCGCUCCCUUUAAAUAUUAGGACUAUCCCAUAUUUUACAGGAGAAUUCCCAAUCCUGAUUAUGUAUUCCAAAUGUUUACGUUUAUUUGGCAAAUAAGACUUCUUUUUUUUUUCCUCUUGGGGCAUUUAAAUCGAUUUCAUCAAAUCAGUGGAUUUUCUUGUUUAGUUAAUACCUGUGUUCCUUAUGUACAUUUUUAAAUAAAUCAGUUCACUAAUUUUG